GCCGUGACCCGCUAAAUGGGGUCCCAGGCGCCACUGGAACGCCGGAGCCGUGACUCAGGCCCCGUGUUCAGUGGGGUUGCUCCUGAAAUUAUCGAGGAUACACUGAUCCACUUGGCCACGGAGAAUGAGCAGUACUUGAGUGAGCUGCCCGAGCAGGCUGGGUACUUCAAAGAGACACGGAUUGUGGAAUUUAUAUUCCUUUUAUCUGAAAAAUGGCACUUGGACCAAUCGACUCGGUACCAGGCAGUGGAGUUACUUGAACGGUUUAUGAUCAAGCAGGUAGAACAGAUGUGUGAUGGCAGAGGGAAUGUUAAAGGUUGUGACCAAGGGCAGAGGAGCAGCUGGAGCUCUGUGAGGGAUCAGAUAGUCAACACCUUUGUCCUGCGACUCGUGUCGUGUGUUCAGCUCGCCAGCAAACUCUCUCUGCACUACAGUAGAGUGACCAGUGACACAGCUUUAAAAUUUCUGCAGUCCUUAAAAUACUCCUACACUAAACAGGAAUUGCUGGAGUCAGAGCUUGCUGUUUUAAACACUCUGCACUUCCACAUCAAUGUGUCAACUCCGUUGGCCUACGUGGAAUUGCUUCUGGAGGUUCUAGGAUACAAUGGCUGCUUGCUUCCUGCCAAACCCUUACACCAGCUCUGUGUGCAGCUGCUGGACUUCUGCUACCUGACCAGAGAGACCAUCUAUGACACUUUGCUGAAGAUCGCCAUCGAAAACUCCACCCCAAGCAAACUGCAGAUAGCCAAGUUUUUAACAGUGAAGGAAGAUUUCAUGCUCUUGGCUGUUGGAGUCAUCAGUACAGGUGUGUUCAUCCUGAGCCCUGGGCACUGGGAGCAGGUUGUGGAGCAUUUAAACUGCAUCACUGGCAUUUCUCCACAAAGUAUCCUAGAGUUCUCCUAUGCCGUGGUGAGGCGCAUAGUUGGCAGCACUACACCUGAGCAGCACCGUGGGAACUGUGGAACCAAAUCUCCUGAGGACAGAAUUCUGCCUCAGAAAUAGAAGCACCCUGUCCAUCCAGUCACUGGCACAGCAGCAGGAACUGUCAUGCUGCUGACAACUGUGACAGUGCCCAGGCACCCAGUGCAGCUCAGGGUUACCUGAAUUGUGGAACAGCCUGGCAGUCGUGUUAAUGAGCAAAGCUCGUCCUGCUAAGCAUUGGACUCAUACUCUCAAGGGAGGCCCAACAGCAUCAUAGUGUUUAAAAAUGCACCAAAAGCUUUGUUCUAAGAGCUGCAUCUUUUAAGUUCCCUUUAACCAGAGAGACCCCUCAGAGUAGUUGUGUUUGAAAGGUGCUGCCAUGCCUGGAGCUCAGCUGGGACUGAUGGAACCUGCUCUCAUACCUGUGUUACAAACAGAGCUGUGCCAUCUCCUCUUGCUGCUUUUAUAAAAUCCCUGUCUCAGCUGCCUGUGAUUGUCCCCUCUGUACCAGCAUUUGGAGCCUGUUUGCUCUUACCCCACCACAGCCAGUAGUGACAGCGUUGUGAUGGGGACAGAAUGGGGCCAAUGCUGUGACUGCCAACACAUCAGUGUCCAGACUGGGUGUCCCUGAGUGCCAGGGGUUUGUGCUGUGCCAGGCACUGCUGGCUGGAAACACCUGAAAUGUGGAAUAGUUUCAUUAUUUCCUCAGUGCAGCCCUAUGCAGGAACAGGCUGCAGGAGGGAUUAGAGUGUUGUAAUGGUAUCAAACCUUCUUAAGUGCAGUAGCACAAAGAAGUGCUGAUAUAGAAAAUACUUUAUUUCAAACUGUAGUUAUUCUUUAAUGACCAGGCAGAGUUCUGGCAGUUUUUCCACA